UUGAUUCCGAGGAAGAAAAUACCAAUACUCCCAUACGACGCCUGACGGACUCUUUUAAUUAAUCGUUUCUACAGAUCUCUCUCACACACACACAGAGACGAGAUCGUCGUCAUCUUCCCCUUUUUCUCUCUCUUAACUCUCUCUCUUCAAAUUCGAUCCUUGUUCUUCAAGCUCGUUCGCAAUCGGAUCACAACCGACUCAAUGGAUAAUGAAGCUGGAUGUUGUUCUACCCAGCUGAUCGAUGGAGAUGGUACUUUCAAUGUUGCUGGGCUUGCGAGUUUUUUGAAAGGGGUAAAGCUGGCAGAGUGUGGGCUUUCAUAUGCCGUAGUCUCCAUCAUGGGCCCACAAAGUAGUGGGAAAAGUACACUAUUGAAUAAUUUAUUUGGAACCAACUUCAGGGAGAUGGAUGCAUUUAGAGGAAGGUCUCAGACAACCAAAGGUAUUUGGUUAGCAAAUUGUGCCGGCAUUGAGCCUUGCACUAUAGUAAUGGAUUUGGAGGGUACUGAUGGUAGAGAAAGAGGAGAGGACGAUACUGCUUUCGAAAAACAAAGUGCUCUCUUUGCCCUGGCUGUUUCCGAUGUAGUGCUUAUAAACAUGUGGUGCCAUGACAUAGGACGUGAGCAGGCAGCAAACAAACCUCUAUUGAAGACUGUGUUUCAAGUAAUGAUGCGAUUAUUUAGCCCCCGAAAAACAACUCUGAUGUUUGUGAUUCGUGAUAAGACAAGGACACCCCUUGAAAAUCUCGAACCGGUUCUGCGAGAAGAUAUUCAAAAGAUAUGGGAUUCGGUUCCUAAGCCACAAGCACAUAAAGAUACUCCUCUAAGUGAAUUUUUCAAUGUUGAAGUUGUUGCUCUUUCUAGUUACGAAGAGAAGGAAGAACUAUUUAAAGAACAGGUUGCUAAUUUGAGGCAGCGAUUCUACCAUUCUAUAGCUCCUGGUGGGCUUGCUGGAGAUCGCCGUGGAGUGGUGCCUGCUUCAGGAUUUUCUUUCAGUGCACAACAGAUAUGGCAAGUUAUUAAGGAGAACAGAGACCUUGACCUUCCCGCGCACAAAGUCAUGGUGGCUACAGUUCGCUGUGAAGAAAUUGCCAAUGAAAGGUAUAGCGACUUUACCCAAAACCAGGAUUGGCUUCAGCUGGAGGAGGCCUCACAAUCUGGCCCUGUCGCAGGAUUUGGAAAGAAGCUCAGUUCAAUUAUUGGGAACUGCUUAUCUGAAUAUGACUCAGAGGUUGUAUAUUUUGAUGAGGGUGUCAGAACUUCUAAGAGGAAGCAUCUAGAAGAUAAAUUACUGCAACUUGUUCAACCGGCUUUCCACUCCAUUAUGGGACAUUUACGGUCUGGAACAGUGGAUAAGUUUAAGGAGGCAUUUGACAAAGCUUUAAAUAGCGGGGAAGGGUUUUCUGCUGCUUCCCACAAAUGCAAAGAGACCUUUAUGAAACUGUUUGAUGAAGGAUGUGAUGAUGCUGUGAUUGAACAAGCACACUGGGAUACUUCUAAAAUGAGCUCCAAGCUUGUCCGUGAUUUAGAUGAAUAUGUUGCUUCUGUUCGUGCUACCAAGUUGGCUGAACUUACUUCCAAUUAUGAGGCAAAAUUAAACGAGGCUCUUGCAGGCCCUGUUGAGGCACUUUUGGAUGGUGCAAAUGAUGAGACCUGGCCAUCAAUUAGAAAACUUCUUCGACGCGAGACUCAGUCAGCAGUUUCUGGCUUUGCUAAUGAUCUGUCUAGUUUUGACUUGGAUGAGGUAACCAGAGACAAAAUGUUAGCAAGGCUAGAGGAUUAUGCAAGAGGUGUGGUUGAGGGGAAAGCCAAGGAAGAAGCAGGAAAGAUCUUGAUCCGCAUGAAGGAUAGAUUCACGAUGUUGUUUAGCCAUGACUCUGACUCAAUGCCUCGUGUUUGGACUGGAAAGGAGGAUAUAAAAUCAAUUACAAAACUUGCUCGUUCUGCGUCUCUUAAACUGCUCUCUGUUCUGGCUGCAAUUCGGUUGGAUGUUGAAUCUGAUGAUAUAGACAGAACAUUAGUUCUUGCUUUAGUUGAGAAAAGUAGUACUAGUGACAGGAGUCUGACCAUCUCCGAUCCGCUAGCAUCAAGCAGCUGGGAGAAGGUUCCAUCUUCGAAGACAUUAAUUACUCCUGUUCAGUGUAAACAAUUGUGGAGGCAAUUUCAGAUGGAGACAGAAUAUACUGUUACUCAGGCCAUUGCUGCUCAGGAGGCCAGUAGGCGUAGCAACAACUGGUUGCCACCUCCAUGGGCAAUUGCUGCCAUGCUCAUUUUAGGUUUUAAUGAAUUCAUGACACUUUUAAGAAAUCCACUUUAUCUUCUCGUCCUCUUUGUUGGCUUUCUAGUAAGCAAAGCAUUAUGGGUGCAGAUGGAUGUAACAAAUGAAUUCCGUCAUGGCUUUCUUCCUGGAUUCCUUUCGUUGUCAACCAGAAUUUUACCGACUGUAAUGAACAUGCUUAGAAACUUAGCUGAGCAAGGAAACAGACCAGCAACUGGUGGUGCUCAGACAAACCCACCCCUAGCAGCUAACAGCUUCAGAGGUGAUGUCAAUUCUGAUGGUGUUUCGUCAACAGGUUCUUCCCAUGUGACAACAAAUGAAAACGGAACAGAGUGUUCAAGUUCUUCAAAGGAGGAUUAGUUUGGAGGAGUUGGUUAAAAGACUGUGAUUUACCCCUAUAAGUUGUGCUGCUUCUUCAAUCUUCAUUGAGAGACGCAGAUGUGUACUUUGCCAUAUAAGCCAACUGUUAUAGCGAGCGAGCUACAUGAAAUAUGAAACAUGGAAGGAUGAUUGAUUUGAUUAAAGGCAUCGAUUUUUGUCUACAUGCCACAUGCACAGGUCUUCGGUCUCUUAUAGAAUAUAGUUUUCUGUUUCCUUGUUGUUCUGUCUUCCUCCUCUCGUGUGUACGUUGCGGGUCUGUGAGAUGAUGAUCCUGUCUGAUUUGUGGCCAAGGGUUUUUGGUUGUUGUCUGAAAUGGUUGUCUCAGUUAGCUCGUCAUUUUUGUAAAAGUUCCAUAGUAUCUGCAAAUGAAACUUUCUUGCCUAAUAGUUGAGAAUGUUUUGAUCGAUUAUAUGAGUGAACUGAUUAAUUGGAUUUACAUUGAUAUCA